UUAUGACAAUAAGUCCUUGGCACUGGUCUCCCAGGCAGCCUGCGCAACAACCCCAUAUCAAGUUCUAAACUUAUCCAACGGUCACCUGCAUUUGCCAAUCAUUGUUGAGAAGCAUCACGACUCCAUUCUUGUGGCAGGCACUGCUAAAUGACUAUAAUCAAAGAAGCCAAUAGCACUUCUUAUUAUUAAAUCUUAACCAUUGUUUGGGUUUGUUGAGGGUGUGGGUCCUUUAAAGAAAUCUUUAGAUCACCUUAAAUCAUGCUGGACAACAUGAUCAUAAGAUUUCACACAAACUAGUGGAGUUCAUGAAUUUCAGGUAUUAAAUCACUCAGAAUUUUGUGUCUAAUGCAAUUUGCAGUGAUAAUUUUUUUUUUUUUUUUUUUUUUAAAUGCAAAAAAGAAGCACUUUAACUAAGGUCUCAGACUUUUGGACCCAAUAUACAGUAUAUUCAAAUAAUCUCUGAUAGUUGAAUCCAUAAAUUAUUUUUCUGUUGUAGAUAAAAAAGUAAUAUGUUUUUGACUGAAGGAACCAUUUUAAAUGCAAUUCUGAUUGAAAGAUCAGGGGAGACAUCUAAUUAUUCAAGUCCUAAGGUUAGUGAUAUGUAAACAGCUGCUUCACUGUGGCAUCCAUGCACCACAAGUCCACCUUUAUUUCUAUAAUUAAAUCCAGAGAAGUGAACCCAGCAGUCAAGUCACGUCUUGUGCCUGAGCUACUUAAAAACAUGUGAACUUUUUUGUGAAUUAUUACAUUGGUCCUUCUGUUUCUUUUCUUUCUUUUUUCCUUCUUCAUCGUUCUCUACAAAUCAGUCAGUAUUUUAUGUCAAAAUUAGACAGCAUCAGUGUCAUUUAGGCCACAAGACAACCAGGAUGAAAGACUAAUGGCACCGGAGCUGACAUCACAAUGAUAUGCUAUGCUAUUCUGGAUUCCUCUGGCCUAAAUAAAGAACCACCAACUAGCCAUGAACCUUCCCUUAAAAGACUCUCAGAGUAGGAGAUUACAAAGUACAUGCCCAUACAAUUCAUCCACAAAUAGUAUAAUUUCAUAAAAAGUAUGAAAGUGUAAUCUUGUUCAUUUAUCCAAACAUUUGCUGUGUUAGGGGAAGCUCUUCUUGUUUUCACUUUGGAAGUCUAGCUAAUGAUAUGAUGUUGGUUCUCUCUUUCUCUGCCCACGUUCUCUGCAGCUUUCUCCACGGCCAGCAUACACCGACCGCAGCCACCUCAUCCUGAGAACAUGUAACAGCUGAGACACUGACCGGUUCAGAAGGUGUGUGUGGAGCAAUGAGGACAAAGGAGUUGGACACCGGACAGGUCUUUUUCUUUUUCUUACAUACGUGCUAAUGGCAGAGUGCCAGGCAGGAACAUGUUGAGGACGAGACAUGGAGUCGGAGAGAGAUCUCUGUACGGGUCAGUCAGGCUGUCGGGCUCACUGCCCUCUUGUUUGGAUAAGUCUCUCAUUUGUCCAUCUCAAGUGCUACAAGUGUUUGUUGGCACAACCGUUGACUUUAUAAGGAGGGGUUGAUAUUUUUGUGAACUCCUGGCAAUGAAGGUCCUUGUACACGUCUAACCACGUACUGUGAUCUCCUCCCUGUUUUCUUCUCCUCCUCCUCCUUCUCACUACUGACUAAGAGAGAAUUUAAGAGGGCAGCUGGAGGUGAGCCUGCAGGUACACAGUGAGCAUCUGAACAGAUCGGAUCAGAACCAUGCAGGCUUUUUUGGUGUUCUGCUUGUGCUUAGGAGUUUUAGUUGUGGACGGAGAAGCGCUGAACGAUCUGGAUUCGCUCAUCACAUUGUCACCUCUUACUGAUGUUUCAUCCUCACAGCAUCCACCGGUGGAUUCUUCUUCAGAAUCAGUAUCAGGUGAAAAGAGAGCCAAUCAAGCACAAAGAACGAAGCAAUCGAGCGACACUGCCACAGAUACAAAGUCAGCUAUGGGGCGAACUGAGGCCGUGUGGGUGGAGCUCAAUGCUGUGUUGGAGAGAUGGGGUGGGGCAGCAGGGAAACUAAACGCAAUCUUGAGGGAACUCAAAGAGGAAAAAAAACGCCUUAUGGACCAAGGGGAAGAGCAGAAAGCAAAGAAAAAGGAAGAGGAUGAAGAUGAAGAUGAGGAAGAUGAUGAUGAGGAAGAAGAAGAAGAAGAAGAGGAGGAGGAAGAAGAAGAAGAGGAGGAAGAGGAAAAUGAAGAAGAGGAAGCCGAAGAGGAGGAGAAUGAUGCCUCUAACAGCACCCUGACCCAAGAUGGAUUCAUAGACUCAUUACCAGAAGGCUGCCAAUAUGGAGAAACUAGAAUUUCCUGCAAGCAGAUUGGCUUGUCCCACCUGCCAGUCAUCACGAACCUGGAAGUCACCAUACUUGAACUGCCUGGGAAUAACUUAACAAGAAUUCCUUCCCGUGGUUUUUCUGGACUGCCAGAUCUUGAAGAGCUUGACCUAAGUAUGAACAUGCUGGACGACUCCUCUUUCGACCUAAGUCUCUUUAUGAAUCUGACAAAGCUGAAAAGUCUGAAACUUGACGGCAAUGAACUUACAACAAUUCCACGCUUGCCAUCUUCUUUGGAGGAUCUAAAGAUAAACAGCAAUAAAAUAAACCAACUGGCUUCACACAGCUUCAAAGGCUUGACUAAUCUACAAGUCUUAGAACUGACAGGAAACAUCCUCUAUGAGGGCAGUAUUGCACCCUGGGCUUUCAAACCUCUGAAGGCACUUAAAUAUUUACGACUGGAUAAAAACAGAUUCAGUUCCAUUCCAGCGGGAUUACCCCCAUCUUUAGAGGACUUAAGGUUGCAGGAAAAUCAAAUAGUGGAGGUGCAGGACAGGCUUCUGGAUAAGUGUGUCCACCUGAAGGUGUUAGAUCUCAGUCACAACCUCCUGAAAGAGAACAGCAUCUACCCCGAGGCUUGGAUUAAACUGCCGAAGCUGGAAGCUCUUGACCUGUCCCAUAACCAGAUGGCAGUGGUGCCCACAGAUCUGCCCAGGGCCUUGCGCCAACUCUCCCUGCAGCACAAUCACAUUCACUCCAUUCCUCCAUACUCAUUGAGUCACCUCCGCCCAGGCUUACAGUCCCUACGCCUCUCCCACAACCUGUUGGAAGAGCACGGGGUGCUGGGGAAGUCAUUUCGUGGCGUUUAUCAAACACUGGUGGAGUUACACUUGGACAACAAUAGGUUUGAGAGGGUGCCCAACAAUAUGCGGCACUUCAAGAACCUCCAGCUAUUGCGUCUAGACCACAACCGUAUAAGCUCUGUUCCAGUGAAAUCAAUCUGUAAGGUUAAAAGGACGGAGGAAUCUCCCCUGUCAGCUGUCCAUUUAGAGUACAACUACAUCAAUGUGCAGAAAAUCCAUCGUGCUGCUUUCUCCUGCAUUCGGGACCGCAGCAAGAUCAUACUGGAGCCCCAGAGCCAAACACAGGGCUAGUGAACUUCUACAGAAACAUCAUCCUCUCACUUCACAGCCUUCCUUUCCCUGCCUCCUGCUGUCAGUCAUUCCCAGAUUAAAUACUGUAAACACCAGGUUCAUUAGAUCUAUUAAUAGUGUGCAUGCUUGCUCUUGAAAUGCACAUUUGGGUCAUGUUCAGCAACUUGUAGCAUAAAAUGCAUUAUUUUGUUUCUUUUUGUAUGUAAUAAAAACAUUCUUCUUGUAAGUUAAUGUCACAAGCGGGAUCAGAAACUCCCUGGCUCAGACAAUUAUUAAUGGCUUUCUAUCACAAUAUUCAUUUAUACUUUGGUGCAUUUGCAAAGAUUUUAUUAUUUUAUAUUUAUAACUUUAUUGUAUUUUUCUGUCUUCAUAUUCUGAUGAGACAUUAAAACAAAUUCAUGUAUAAUACUUUAACAUUAAUUCAUUAAAAUGGUAUUAAAAUUCAUUAAAAUGAUGUGAACACACUAAGAAAAAGCAGUACACUAAGGCAAGACAGGUCAAGAAUGCAACAGAUUUAGUAUACUCCUACCUAUAUGCAAAUUAGAAUCAGUUGGGUUAGUGCAUGUUGCUAGGUUAGAAAAAAGCUUACCCACCUCUGAAUGCAAGUAUUGUACAUCUCAUGAUGGGUAGAGGCAAAGAGCUCUCCCAAGACUUUCACAACAAGAUUUUUGCCAUAAAUAACAACGGUACUGGUUACAAAAGUAUUUUCCAACUCCUAAAUGUAAGCACCAUUGGGGCCAUUUUCCACAACUGAAAGGAACAUCAUUCCACCAUCAACUGGCCAUGCAAAGGAGCUCCUCGCAAGAUUUCUGAUCAGUGAGUCAGAAGGUUAGUCAGAAGAGUAGCCAAAGGACCACUCAGAAAGAGGUCCAGAAAGACUUGGAGGCAGCAGGUACAGUUUUCACAGAGAAAACGAUAGGAAAUGCACUCUACUGCCACAGAAUGCACGCUCACCACGGAAAAAAGGCAUGUUGAAGCUCGUUUGAAGUUUUUCCAACAACUAUUAAAUAUAAUUUCAGUUAAUGUUGUUCAAUAUUUUUUUUCCUGAAUCAUUUCCCUUUAUUACACAUAGCUUUUUUAUGGAUUGUAAAUUUAUGAUUUCUUUCUCUGUGUAGAUUUCUUAAGUUAAUAAUGAUGUCUCUUCAAAAUCUUAUGUGAAUUGCUGCAUUGGAACCGUGUUUAAUAAAAAAACAUGUUGACGUAUUCAAUA